ACCGUUUUUCCUGAAUUCCGCCGUUCAUAAUCUCCACCGCAUUCGCAUUGUCUCCAGUCUCCAGAGAUUUCCUAAAUGGCACCGAAGGCGGAGAAAAAGCCAGCCGAGAAGAAGCCGGCCGGGGCGGAGAAGAUCAUCAAGGAAGGAGGCGUAUCCGAUUCGAAGAAGAAGAAGGUGAAGAAGAGCAGCGAGACGUAUAAGAUUUACAUAUUUAAGGUUCUGAAACAGGUGCAUCCAGACAUCGGAAUCUCGAGUAAGGCUAUGGGGAUUAUGAACAGUUUCAUCAACGAUAUCUUCGAGAAGCUCGCGAUGGAGGCGUCGCGGCUCGCGCGUUACAAUAAGAAGCCGACGAUUACGUCGCGCGAGAUCCAGACCGCCGUGAGGCUUGUUUUGCCUGGUGAGUUGGCUAAACACGCCGUUUCCGAAGGUACGAAGGCUGUGACUAAAUUCACCAGUUCGUAGAAUAUUUGUUGUUUGUUACGAUUUUCUUAAUUGUUAUACGUCAGAUAGAAUUGUCGAAGGAAAAUGCUAUGGAUUUAGGGGCUUAUACGUGUGUUUGUUCAUCUGGACUAACAAAUGUUGAAUAACUGCUCUUUUUUUUUUUUUCAAUUUUUUCCCCCAAUAAUAAA